AUGAAAACCCUUUGGCAAAGGGCCAAGCAGGCCCACAGCUGCGGCUGUCGGGCGUGCAGCACCGUCGCCCGGGGCGCCAGCAAACGAGUCACGACACCCCGUCGAAAAGCAACAUUUGUCGAGAUCUUCACCGCCGCCUAUAGCUCGGUCUUUGCCUCGGCUGCCAUUGUCGACUCGAUUCGGAAGGAUGAGCGCCGGAGAGACCUCGAUCGCCAGCUCGAGGAAGCGCGGCGCGACUUAGCAGCCUUGAGGGAGCAGGGUAGCGGCAGAGGAGCAGAGGACGCGGACAAUAUGAGCGCCCAGUCGAGCAUCUCGCUGUUGACGGACGAGCAGAUGCAUGCCAUUUGGCAGGCUAUGAAGGGUAUCUGGAAGACUGGAGCGUCCGCUAGCCACUUGCAGCCGGCUGAGGCACAGCGGCACCGGCAUUUGGUGCAUGUGUACCUCAACGGACGGGGGCUUCCCAUCGCUUCAAGGAGCGCAAAUACGUCGGAGCGACUCGAGCUAGCACUGCUCGCGGAGGAAUCGGAGCACGCCUCGUCAGCGAGAGACCCGGAAGAGCCUGUACACAUGCAAAAGUUCGGCGAGUCCAUUGGUUUUCUGGUCGAGCGGCUUCUGCGCCAGGUGGAAUCUGAGGACGCUCCUAGUCCAUCUUUCGACGAGGCGACGAGCGUGCUUCGGACGAGCCAUCAUCGAUAUGGCUAUCGCAGCUCCAACCCGGCGGCGGCCGCUGCCAACCUGAAGGCAUUGAACAAGGCCAACCAAACGGCAAUCAAUGAUAGCAAUGCUGGCAUCAAAGAGAAGGUCGGCAGGGUGUGCUACAACUUGCUCGUGUCGGUCUUUCCUCCCGACAUGAACAUCUUCAACACGCUGAUUGCGGGCUUUGACAAGCACCCCGCGACACGAAAGCUGUCCGGACAGAUGGUGGACUUUUUCUUCACCAAAUCACUCCUCAAACCGACGCCUUGCACAUUCGCGGCUAUUCUGCACCACUACAGUGUUACGGGACAGCAUGAACAGUUCUUCCGCACCAUGGCUUGUAUCUGCGGAUCUGACGCUACCACGGGCGCCAAAUUGAUGCGGCGCAAGGUCAAGGAUCUCAGGAAGAGUCGUGAGCUCCAAGCAUGGGCGGCGGAUGAACAGAAACGCUCCAUGCACAGCGGCUACGUGUGGCAGCACGCAUCCUUGAACAUGAUUGUCAUUGAAGAGAUGCUCAGCGGGCUACUACGACUGGGGUCAUUUGACAAGGCGAUGGAAAUCCUGACUGUUGCUCUGCAAGCCGGCGUACGGAUCGCGUCGAGGAUCGUCAAGCAGACUCUCGAUGAGUGCCUUGAAGCGUUGGAUUGGCGGGCCGGCUGGGAGCUCACGCACCAGCUAGCCAGACAUGAGAGGAUGUGGCCCUUUCUUAUGACUGAUCGGGACCAGGAGACGGCGGCCUACAUCAUCGACCGCGUGGUUUCUCUCAUGGCUGUGGUGGGCGCAGGCACGCGCGGAGUCACACUGGCCGAUUCGGAACUGGGGCAGAUUGGGCUCAGCCGAUCGCAACUUGCCAGGCUAUGGAGGCAACUGUCGAAGACUAAUGCAAGUCUGCCGAACCCUGCACAACUGCCCCGUCUUGGGACUGCCAAUGGGAAAACACGCGUUGCAAGACGCACACGUCGCCUGCAGUUCCUCAGCGCGGACGCAGAGGUCACACGCAUCAACAAUGCGCUGAUUGGCAGGCGAUCCAAGAAUACGCAAAUGUCCAAGAUAUCCGUGUCGUAUCGCAGGAGACUCGUUCUACAUCGCGGCGAAGAUUUGAUGCGUGAGGCACAAUUCUGGCAAAAGCAGGUCGAGGAGGCGCUCGAGCAGUUUGGUUCGUUACGUCUCGGAACGGUGGCCGAUGUCGAGGCGGACAAGCCCCUGAGCGUGGUUCACAAGGUCAAGACACCCCCGGUGGAUGGACGCGCGCUCGGUGAGGGCUACCGGGGGCUUCCACGGAAAGGAGUAGCAGCGGCACAUUACGAGGAUAGCUUUCCUUGGGCAUUGAUUGCAUCGAGACGAGGAGCAACAGGGGUGCAACAGAAGAGCACUACGUGGUAG